AUCAUUCGUCUGCAGAGCUUUCUCACAAAGCAAGGCCUAUACGCCGGAAUCCAACGAAGACCUAGUUUCGACUUUUCGUCCGAGCAGUCCAUGGCUUCAACUUUCUACACAAUGUCUACUUUUGGAGCGGUUGCUUCUGCUAGUUCCACAACAGACAAUAAGAUGCUAGCUUCUAGGCAGAAGCUUUCUUCUCUUGCUUCUAUGUCACCUAGUUUAAACAUCAGCAACAACAAGUUGAGCUUCAGUCGUCGAAGGAAAGGGAACUGUAUGAUUAAUGCUAUGGCCAAGGAAUUAUACUUCAAUAAAGAUGGCUCAGCCAUCAAAAAACUACAAAAUGGUGUCAACAAGCUUGCUGAUCUUGUUGGGGUUACACUCGGUCCAAAGGGAAGAAAUGUUGUCUUGGAAAGCAAGUAUGGAUCACCUAAGAUUGUGAAUGGUGGGGUUACAGUAGCAAAAGAGGUUUAGUGAAAAUACUGAAGAAGUAUGACAAGAGAACAAGAGCACUUAUCAGGCAGCCCUUCAUCGAAAAGGUACUGCAACAACCAUUCUUUACAACUGAUCUCCUAUACAAACUCGUGAAGGAGUGUGUGGCUAUGCUCGACCACCUCUUCCCCAGCAACAACCUGUCAAUUUCAGCAGAAUGCGACGAACAAAAUGGAGUGCCAAAGCCGGCACAAUCAGGUGGGAGGGUUCCGGAGUUGAAGGAGAUUAAAUAUAUG